AAUGCGCUCCUUCUCGCAUUGCUUUUCAAAAUAAACUCUCAACUCAAGACCGCGGCGCCUGAUGGGAUACUGGCAGAGCAGGUCACGCGGGGGUCUGGUGCGAUACUGGUGGAGUGAGUCACGCGGGGCCUGGUGGGAUGCUGGCGGAGUCCAUCGGAGGAAUCGCGCUUUCGCUGACAUGCCGUACGCGAACCAGCCGACAGUGCGGAUCACGGAGCUGACAGACGAGAAUGUGAAAUUCAUCGUAGAAAAUACAGAGUUAUCAGUGGCAAAUGCCCUACGGAGAGUCCUCAUGGCAGAAGUGGCAACUUUGGCCAUUGACUGGGUUCAGAUUGAUGCAAAUUCCUCAGUGCUCCAUGAUGAAUUCAUUGCACACAGAAUCGGAUUAAUUCCUCUUACAAGUGAUGACAUUGUGGAUAAGAUGCAGUAUUCAAGGGACUGUACAUGUGAUGAGUUCUGCCCGGAAUGCUCAGUGGAGCUGACGCUCGAUGUGAAGUGUAAUGAAGAUCAGACUCGACACGUCACCUCACGGGAUCUACUGUCUAACAAUUCCCGGGUUAUCCCUGUCACAUCUCGCAGCCGAGACAAUGAUCCCAAUGACUAUGUGGAACAGGAUGAUAUCCUGAUUGUGAAGUUGCGGAAGGGGCAGGAGCUUAGGCUCCGAGCUUACGCUAAGAAGGGUUUCGGGAAGGAACAUGCCAAAUGGAACCCAACAGCAGGGGUGUCCUUCGAGUACGACCCUGACAAUGCCCUGAGGCACACAGUGUACCCCAAACCUGAGGAAUGGCCCAAAAGUGAGUACUCUGAACUGGAUGAUGAGGAAAUUCAGGCUCCGUAUGACCCUAAUGGCAAACCAGAAAGGUUUUAUUUCAAUGUGGAAUCUUCGGGAGCACUACGCCCUGAGACCAUCGUACUAUCAGCUCUCUCUGGACUGAAGAAGAAAUUGAGUGACCUGCAGACAAUGCUGAGUCAUGAAAUCCAGAGUGAUGUUCUCACCAUCAAUUAGCAAGGUCCAGACUGACGUUGACCACUGGCCCGGUGCUAGUGGUGUGGGGAGUGUCCGUCUCUCUCCAAACUCAGGUUGGGGCGGGUGGUCUGAGCUUGCCUGGACCGCAGGGGUGGCUGUUCCAGACUCUCUGCACUCGUGUAUAAGCUGUAUGUUUGCACCGCUGUGUUUUGGUGCUUUCACCUUUCCUUUGUUGAUUUGUAAACAUGAUUAAAUCUGUUUUGGUCCCA